AUGUUUACUCUUUUCCUUCUCAUUGCACUAAGCAGUGCUAAGGUUUAUUUCCAUGAAACAUUUGAGAAUCGAGACAAAUGGAUCGAUUCAACAUCUUCAGGAAAGGCAUUAGGACCAUUUAAAAUAGUAAGUGGGAAAUGGUAUGGAGAUGCUAAUAAUAAAGGACUUCAAACAUCAGAAGACAACAAAUUUUAUAUUGCAGCAGCUAAACUUGAUGAAGAGUUUAGUAAUAAAGAUAAAAAUUUGAUUGUUCAAUACAAUCUUAAAUUUGAACAAGGAAUUGAUUGUGGAGGAGGAUAUAUUAAAUUACUUCCAAAGAAAUCAAUUGAAAGUGAAGAGAAAUUUACACCUGAAUCUGAAUAUAAUAUUAUGUUUGGACCAGAUGUAUGUGGAGGAUCAAAAAGAACACAUGUUAUUAUGAAUUAUAAAGGAAAGAAUAAUUUAAUUAGAAAAGAAAUUAAAUGUGAAUCAGAUGAUAUUUCACAUUUAUACACAUUAAUUAUUAGACCAAAUAAUACCUAUGUAGUUAAAAUUGAUGGAGUAGAAAAACAAGAAGGAAAGUUUGAUGAAGAUUGGGAUAUGUUAGCACCAAAAGAAAUUGAUGAUCCAAAUGUCUCAAAACCAGCUGAUUGGGUUGAUGAAAAGGAAAUUGAUGAUCCAAAUGAUAAGAAACCAGAAGGAUGGGAUGAUAUUCCUAAAACUAUUGUUGAUCCAAAUGCUAAGAAACCAGAAGAAUGGAAUGAUGAAGAUGAUGGAGAAUGGGAAGCACCAACAAUUGAAAAUCCAGAAUAUAAAGGAGAAUGGAAGCCUAAGAGAAUUCCUAAUCCAGCAUAUAAAGGAGAAUGGGUACAUCCACAAAUUGCAAAUCCAGACUAUGUUUAUGACCCAGAAUUGUAUAAAUAUGAUUCAUUUGCUUAUAUUGGAAUUGAUGUUUGGCAAGUUAAAGCAGGAACUAUUUAUGAUGAUAUUUUAAUUACCGAUGAUAUUGAAGAAGCAGAAAAAGAAGCUAAAGUUAUUUUAGAAAGAAAUGCAGCUGAAAAGAAAAUGAGAGACGAAAUAAAAGAAGCAGAAAAACAAAAAGAAGAAGAAGCUAAAAAAGAAGCAGAAAAACAAAAAGAAGAAGAGACUAAAGAAGAAAUUAAGAAAGAAGAAAACAAAGAAGAGCUUUAA